AUUAAUUAAAGAUAAAAACUACUUUGUGUGACAUUUUUAGGAAAUUUCAUUUGAUGUUUUCCUUCAAGUCGUGUGGGUGGAACCGAGAAUAAAGCCGAACACAGAACUGGGUGAGAAGAAAUACAUAGAGUUAACGAUAGAACAAAGAAACCAAAUAUGGACACCAGAUCUCUACAUACGGCAGCUACGUGAAAUGAAGAUUUUAAAGCUCUUUGAGGAAAUCUCUAGUCUUCGAAUAUAUGAAAAUAGUACAAUAAGUUUGAGUAUAGGAGCAACAAUUAUCAUAAAAUGUGAUAUGGAUUUUGUUUUAUAUCCAUUAGACGUCCAAAAGUGUCCUGUCGAUUUCAGUAGUUAUAAAUAUUCAGUUAAUGAAAUGGCUUUCCAUUGGCGUAAGGAUAAUCCCCUAACAUUCCCAAAUGAUUUCGGUGAAAAUGGCUUUCGACUUCCUAAAUAUGUGGUAUCUUUCGACCCAAGGGAAGAACCGUAUCCAGUCAACUUUGAUGGUGACGGUAAUAAUGAUAACACAGCACUAUUUUAUGGUUCUGAUCGGAUUUCGGCGCGUCUUGAAAUAACAUUGUCACGGGAAGUGAAAAGCUACUUGCUUGAAAAUUAUCUACCAUCUACACUCUUCACGGUAAUAUCAUGGGGUUCAUUUCUUAUUAUACCAACAAUCGUUCCAGGUAGAAUGGUAUUACUGGUAACAACACUGUUGUCACUUGUCACCAUGUUUGAUACGGUGAGAAAUAAUUCACCAGACGCCUUGGAAUUGAAAUCGAUUGAAGUCUGGCUGUUAUGUUGUACAUUCUUCGUGUUUCUUGCGCUAAUGGAGUAUUUUAUUGUGCUAUUUGGCAUUCGAUAUGAUUCACACUGGCGAAGAACGCAGUUUGUCGCUCAAGCUCAUGCCGCGUCCGGGUUACAUCCACAACCAUCACCGGCUAGAAUUAAUAUACCUAAUCAAAAUCUACAAAUUCCAAAUCAAUCGAGCAUCCCGAAUCUUCCGAACGUUGAAACGCCGCAACAAAGAAAAAAUGGAUUGGAAAAUGCAUCGAGAAUGUUUCAGGCUAAUCGAAUUAAUCCUGAAGAGAAUCGAAGUAGACGAGAUCUAGCUGCAUCGACAUCUGAAAGUCUUCAUACGGCUGAGAAAGUCUCUUCGAUUAUGGGAAGAAAACGCUUUCGAAAUGUUGCCGAUGUGGCACUUCUGUAUGCAGGAUCACAACGAGGCAAAUUGGACCAAAUCUCUCUCGUAUUCUUUCCAUUAAGUUUCCUUUUAUUCACAAUAAUCUACUGGGUUCUUUACCUUAAUGAAUCGCGAAAAAAGUUGAGUAGUUGAGUAAUUAAACAAGCUAUUUUUAAAACGAAUCUAGUCAUUAAUUAUAUUUACCUUUUAACAUGAAAAAAACAUAAGCAGAGGAAGUAUAUUAUAUACAUAAAAUAAUGAUAUUAGAUAUAUUCCAAAUUUGCCUUCUAAUUUCAAGA